AUGUUCGCUGGGAACGGAGCGUGGCGCACGCAAACCAACCUCGCUGGCAAUGCACAAGUGAGGCGGGAGGGUGAAUGCAGACAGUUGUGCAAAAUGCCACUCGGUCGCAGACUCGAAACCUUCGCUGCAAAAGGGCCGAAGUGUCAACAGUGAAACCAAAGCGCCAGGGAAGGCGCGCCUGCCUCUGUCAGCAAAAGCGCCUGGAGCCAGGGAUCAGCCUGCGGGCUGUGUUCCCAGGGAGCGCCCUGCUUUGAGAGGCAGAUGCGACCGGGGCAAGCAGCGAUCCGGGCUGACUGCGAGCUCUGCCAGAAGCACCCGUGGCCGGGGCUGGGGAGUGAGGAGAGAGGGACGUCUGCAGGCUGCAGCGGAUCAAAGUGGAGGCUCCCCCGUCAACUAGGGCACCGGGAGAGACCGGCACUGGGGCUGCGAGAACCACCCUAGGGGACAGACCAGCAGGAGCACCGUCACCACUGUCAGCCGUGUGUGUGUGUGUGUGUGUGUGUCCCCGUGUCCUGCUAGCAGCCCAUUGGCUGGGGGCUGCCUGAUGUCACGGCUGGCUGUUCCUAUAAGCUCCCCAACACAUAACGGGCUCAGGACACUUGUAGACGAGACUCCCGGCAGGGCAGGAGCUGCCCAGGCUGCAGCGCGCGUGUGACUGCUCCAGGGCACCAGCCAGGCGCACCGGGCACCGAGCGCAGGAGACAGCCGGCGUGUAAAGAGCGCGAGCGGAGCGCCGGCGCUGCGCAGUGGGCAUCGGCCUGUCCCAGACUUGCCUGCGAAGAGCCCCGGCGCUGUGCGGCGGGGGAUCGGACGCGGGGCCGCCCGAGGCUUGCAUGUCAACAGGGAGCAGAGCGCAGAACGUGCGCUGCUGCGGGUAGGAAGCCAUGGGAUCGGUGAGUCCCACCAGCCCGGGGCUUGCUGCGGUCAAUGUGAGCAGCAGCGAGGACACGGGCAGUUCCAGCCUGUCGCAAGACGUCUGGAUGGUGGGCAUGGGCAUCCUGAUGUCUGUGAUCGUGCUGGCCAUCGUCUUUGGCAACAUCCUGGUGAUCACCGCCAUCGCCAAGUUCCAGCGGCUGCAGACCGUCACCAACUACUUCAUCACUUCCCUGGCGUGCGCCGACCUGGUGAUGGGGCUGGCCGUGGUCCCCUUCGGAGCCAGCCACAUCAUGCUGAAGCAGUGGAAGUUUGGGAACUUCUGGUGCGAGUUCUGGACCUCCUUAGACGUGCUGUGUGUCACGGCCAGCAUCGAGACCCUCUGCGUCAUUGCCGUGGACAGGUAUUUCGCCAUCACCUCCCCCUUCAAGUAUCAGAGCCUGCUGACCAAGAGCAAAGCCAGGAUUGUCAUCCUCGUGGUCUGGGUGGUGUCUGUUUUGACCUCUUUCUUGCCUAUCCAGAUGCACUGGUACAGAGCAGAGGGCCCGGUAGCUGAAAAGUGUUACAAAGAUGAGAGUUGCUGUGACUUCUUCACCAACCAAGCCUAUGCCAUCGCUUCUUCCAUCAUCUCCUUCUACUUGCCUUUGGUGGUCAUGGUCUUCGUCUAUGCCAGGGUCUUCCAGGUAGCCAAGAAGCAGUUGAAGAAGAUAGACAAAUGUGAAAGGAGGUUUCAUAACCAGAACAACCACCAGCAGGAGCAGAAUGGGAGAGGAAGUCACAGGAGAACCUCCAAGUUUUGUUUGAAGGAGCACAAAGCCCUGAAAACCUUGGGGAUCAUUAUGGGCACCUUCACUUUGUGUUGGCUGCCCUUCUUCAUAGUCAACAUCGUGCACGUGAUACAGGACAACAUUAUCCCCACUUACCUGUACAUCCUCCUGAACUGGUUGGGAUACGUCAACUCCGGCUUCAACCCCCUUAUUUACUGCAGAAGCCCGGACUUCAGGUAUGCUUUCCAGGAGCUCCUGUGCCUCCGGCGAUCUGCCCUGAAGAUGCACGCCAAUGGAUAUUCCAACAGCAACGGGAAAAGUGACUUCAACGAGGAGGAGGAUGGAUAUCAGUUGGGACAAGACAAAACGUGUGAAUUGCUGUGUGAUGGAGCGGGGCCACCUGCCAGUGAGGACUUAUUGCACUGUAAAGAGAUCCCUGGGUGUCCUGGAAUGGUGGAAAGUUGAAUGGGCUGAAGUGUCUUCCUUACCAUGCUGAGCUCACAAGAGCUCUGGAGAGAGAAAGCAGGAGCACAGCCGUGCUUCUCUGAGGCUGGUGAAACGGUGGGAAACUAUUGCUUUGGCAACUGCCUUCAUCUCAGCCCAUCACCCAUAGUGAGUCACCCGAAGGAGAAGCUGAUGAAGGAGUAACAGCGACCCAGGCGAGGAUCCAUCAGCGCAUCAAGCAUCUGAGGGGGAUAUAAGAGCAGGAUCUGCCCUGAAAGAGCCACAUCUCCGGAACCAACCAUGUGAAAUUGGAUCUACUCUGGGAAGGUGAUAGCAUGGCCCAACAGCACAGCACAGAAUGAGUUGAGUUUCCAUGCAGGAGGAAAAAAGACAUCCAGGGGUUUCCCUGUCAUGUUAACCUCGGAAAGCACAGUUUCAAAAGGCAAGAAAUCUCUAGGGCUGCCCUGUCCUCUCCAUUGGCCAAUUCAUGGAAAAGAAGCCAAGCUCACUGCCUCCUGGCCAGGCCAAGGGAUUGCUAGGAACAUGGCCAUGGGAUUUUGUCCACAUGCUGGCAGUGGGGUUCAGAUGAAACAGGAACCUUUUAAAGACGAGAAAGACAAGGAACACUGAAGUUUGCUUUUAUUUACUCUGUGUUUGUUUCUACAGAGGAAGAGACAGAGAAGAUGCCAUGGGUAGAAACUAAUAAAUUCCCAAUACGCCACUCAGCCCUACUCAGAUAGAAGAGGAACAUUAACAUGGGCCAAAUCUGAGGUCUUUACUCAGACAACACUCCCACAGACCCCAAGACACUGACUUCAAUGACUGUAAGGCGCUAGGAUUUGACCCCAUGUUUUUGCACUUAGCAGGGAUGGGAAGAGAGCUGCUUCACCUUUCACUUUUCAGCCCUGAUUGUCAACCAGCACUCACCACACCCUUGGAGCCCAGUUUUCAGACCUGAGCCCCAAAUGCCAUACAAGGCUCAAAUCCCUCAUUCGGGUAUUGAAAUCAGUGCAUGGGCAAGUCAAUCCUUGUUGAAAACUGAGCUCCCUGGCUUAUUAAAUAUACAAAAGGGUUCAAAAUGAAAAGCCCUGGUUUGGCUAUUAAGGGCUUGAUCUGGUGAGGCUGCCUAGCACUGUCCACGAGACGCUCAACCUCCACUGGCACCCAGGGGCGUUGGGUGACCAGCACCUCCCAGUAGCUCAGCAUCUCAAAAGAUCAGGAGGCCCUUCAUCUCUUUACCCAUGUUGCAAAGAAAAAGGCAGAGAGCUAGAGGUCCACGCAGCAAACCAUUGGAAAGACGAAUUCAAACAGUAGGAAAGCUGUGGUGUUCUUGCAGUUUUGGAUGGCAAAAGGAUAGUCUUGUAUGCCAAGCACCCGGGUCAGCUGAGUGAGUGCAGGAUUCUGCUUAUCAGCCUGCUUAACAGCCCCCUGAGUUCUGAGGACCAGCAGCGAUAACGGAAUUUCUCAGCUUUGCACACAGCUCUGUUUUGACAAGGAGUGUGCAGGCAGGCCGGGCUUCCACCUGGAAAACCUCUCACUAACGUACAGUUGGGUUUCUUUAUUUGCUGCUUGAUGUAACACAAAAAUGCGGAGCGUUGUUGUAGAGCAGCUUCCGAACCUGUGUCUGCAAGUGGGAGCCACUGACAACUUGUGUAAUGCCGUAAGCUGGCCUUCAGCUCUAGCAAAAUAAAAGCAAGCCAUUUCGCAGGGGUUGCCUGAUGUUUACAAAACAA